AUGGUUCAAAUCUCCGUACGUUGGUGUGGUGAGCUUCAGAGUUCUGAAGCAGAUAUCGUACAGGGCCUCAUUGUCGAUGCAGUAGGUUUCAUCCGUAUUCUCUACCAAUUGGUGAACUGACAACGUAGCAUUGUAAGGCUCCACAACGGUGUCUGAUACUUUUGGUGAUGGUACGACGCUGAAUGUGUUCAUGAUUCUGUCAGGAUAUUCUUCUCUGAUCUUCGAAAUAAGAAGGGUUCCCAUGCCUGAGCCGGUGCCACCGCCCAGUGAGUGUGUGAGCUGAAAGCCUUGAAGGCAGUCACAACUCUCGGCUUCCUUACGAACAACAUCGAGUACAGAGUCUACCAACUCAGCUCCUUCGGUAUAAUGGCCCUUUGCCCAGUUGUUUCCAGCUCCGCUUUGACCUGUUAA